CUGUGCGUCGCCCGAGCAGCAUCUGUGCGUGAGUGUGCGUGAUCCUGCUUGAUACUGCGUGUUAGUGCGCGGACCGGUGCACGACGCUGUGUGGUCUUUUAAUCAUCACUUCGUGCGCGUGGAUAUUUUAACGCAUCUUUUGGACGCAGAGGACGUGGACGCGCAUCGCAAGUGACCUACAAAGUGACGCAGGCGCUGUCGCUUUAAGCGAACACCUCCCCCUCCCCCCCAAUACUGAAGCCCCCCCCCUCCCCCCCAUUCGACCAGAUAACAUGGACGGAUUCUACGACCAGCAGGUCCCAUUCAUGGUCCCACCCAGCCAGCACAAGUCUCAUGUGGAUGGAGCGUCUCACAUCAGGCCUCUGUUGGACAGGAAGAGGAAGUUUGUGGACACAGAACUCGCCCAGGACACGGAAGAUCUCUUCCAAGACCUCAGUCAGCUGCAGGAGAUCUGGAUCGCAGAAGCCCAGGUGCCCGAUGACGAACAGUUUGUCCCUGACUUCCAGUCGGAGAGCUUGAUGUUUCAUGGCCCGCCACCAGCCAAGAUCAAACGGGAGCUGACUCGCUCCGACGAGCUGUCCCCCUGCCGCCAGGACAGGAGUCCCAUGCCCUACGGGGAGAAGUGCCUUUACAGCUACAGUGCCUACGACAGGAAGCCCAGCCCAGGGUUCAAGCCAUUAACUCCCCCCUCGACGCCGGUCUCUCCUUGCGGCCCAAACAGCACGCCAGGAGCGCACCCACUGAGCGGGCAGACUCCCCCGCCCCACUCCCAUGUAGCCAAUCCGAACCCGGGGCCGCGGUCGGUGCACGCACAACAGCCAAUCACAGCAGGGCCGCCCAACCAGCAAGCACUCCCAGUCCACAGCCACAGCCCAUCCUUCGCCGUGCCCUGUGCACCCAUCAGUCAGGAUGCCAACAACUUCACACCUGAGCACAGGUUCCAGAGGCAGAUGUCAGAGCCAUGUCUACCCUUCCCCCCGUCAGAGAGUCAAGGGUGCCCCCAGUUCCUGCCCCAGCCUCCCAGCAGCAACAACCACAACAACAACAACCUGCCACGUGACGGGCGGCCACCGUACCACCGGCAGAUGUCAGAGCCGCUGGUGGCAGUGCCUCCCCAGGGCUUCAAACAAGAGCUCAUCGACCCACGGUACGCCGAGCAGGGCGUCCCCUCCAUGGGCCCCCCAGGUCCCCCCCAGGGCCCUCAGUGUCAGGCUUCCUUCCAUCCCAUGGCCAUCAAACAGGAGCCCCGCGACUUCUGCUUUGAUUCUGAAGUGCCUAACUGUCAGUCAUCCUUUGGGAGAGCGGGGAGCUUCUACCAAAAUAACCAUGAAAGCUUCUCCUUCGACAGAGAUCCUCAGCUCUACUUCGACGAUACCUGUGUGGUCCCUGAAAGAUUAGAAGGUAAAGUAAAACAGGAACCUUCAGUGUACCGUGACGGUCCUCCCUACCAGCGCCGCGGCUCCCUGCAGCUCUGGCAGUUCCUGGUGACUCUACUGGACGACCCGGCCAAUGGCCACUUCAUCGCCUGGACCGGUCGCGGCAUGGAGUUUAAACUCAUCGAGCCAGAGGAGGUGGCUCGUCGCUGGGGCAUCCAGAAGAACCGACCGGCGAUGAACUACGACAAGCUGAGCCGCUCGCUGCGUUACUACUACGAGAAGGGCAUCAUGCAGAAGGUAAAGGUGGCAGGUGAACGAUACGUGUACAAGUUCGUAUGCGACCCCGAGGCUCUGUUCUCCAUGGCCUUCCCCGACAACCAGAGGCCCAACCUGAAGGUGGACCCGGACAACCUGCCGGGGGUGGACGAUGACACCGUGCCCCUCACCCACUACGAGGAGUCCGCCCCCUACCUGCUGGACGCUGGGGAGCAGUGCGUGGCGGGCCUGCCCUUCUCAGACGUCUACGGCUACUAACACAAGCAGCUUCCGGCGUCCUGACACACACGCACACGCAAACACUCCCAAAGUCUCUCGACGCCCACUCUUAAAAAGAAAACCCAGAGCUGGACCUGGCGAGCUUCUUUUGGGAAGAUGGGACCUCUGCUCAGUUCCUUCUCCUGUUCCCUGGAAAACCUUUAUUAAAAACUCUGUUCGCUUCCCCAGCCAAGAAUGAACGAGGGGAAAAACCUGCGACGGCUCUUCUGCUGCACCAUCACUCGAACGACGGAGAGAGAGAGAGAGAAAGAGAGAAAGGGAGAGGGAUGUGAGGCCGGUGACGUUGAACUGGAACCGGCCGCUCUCUGAAGCUUAAGGAGAGAGGCUCCUGAUGCGACGGAGACACAACGAAGCGAGGCCACAGCCAACUUCAAACGAACUGGCAGACCCCCCCCCCCCCCCCCUUUGUACGGGACUGCAACACGUUGUUACCUUUCUGAUUUUGUGUGACAAUCUGCUUUUCUUAAGUACAAUCAAAUAAGAGUCAAAAACAUUUAAAAAAAAUCUGAUAAGAUAUAUAAAAUGCAGCAUUGUUCUAUAGUUGCCUUUUUUGGGACCCCCCCCCCCCCCCCCCCCCACCCACACACACAUUUUUACGUCACCACAUCAUAACGACAAAAUCCGUGAAAGGGCUUCAAAUUGCAAAAAAGACGGAUUAACAAAAAAACAUCAAGCAGCUUGUGUUCUGUAGAUAGGACGACAACUAGUUUUAUUUUAGACCCCCAGGACCCUCAGGUUUCUGGGGCGUUGCUGUACUUCAGUCGGUCGGGCUGCUCUCUUGUGUAAAUGUUUUGUUCUUUAAUGGUUCUCCACUCGUCAGAGAUUGUAUCGGCCUCCCCUUAGAGACUGCACCCCCACAGUAGAAGCCCACAGUCUAUACAGUCCACUCCUCCAGUCUCUGCUCAUUACUGCUGGCGAUUAGCACUCCCAUCUCCUCCAUUCGGAAAGGGAUACAUAACACGUGAUUUUCCAGAUAAUUCCCUAAAAAGCCUAAGAAGUUAUUGUGUAUGAUAAAUGGUCACGUUGCUCCUCUUCUUUUUCCUUGGCAGUGUACUCGUCCCUCUGAUGCACCAGUAUGGCAGGAGCAUCAGGGAAGCUGCAUGCAAAUAAAAAAACAAACAAAAAGGAGUUUGAUAAGAGGGGUGGAAUUUUGAAAACCUCUUUUUUUGGGGGGGGGGGGACACCUCUCCGCCAAUCACGAGCUGUCACCUGGAAACCCCUGCUUCUCUUUGCAUGGUGUAAUCAGUCGAGACUGUGUGCCCACUAACAUAUCGCUUUACCGUCUCUGGACAAAGAAGAUAUUUGUGAUAUUCUCUGCAAUUUUCUUGUGUUCAUGAUCUCUGUUUCUGAAUGGGGGCAAAGACAAACUUAUAUAAAGUAUAUAUUUUUGCUAUAAGGCUGCAUUUGUUUUGUUUUUAAUGUAUGAGCUGUAUAGUUCUGGCUUUAAUAGACAUGUACCUUUUUAAAAACCCAUCUCCACCUUUGCGAUGCAGCUACUGCAGACUGUUUCUUCAGGAGAGCCCUGUGCUGGGGUUGGAUGAGGAGUUGUUUCUGUCACGCCUGCAGACGUGUGUCUAUGAAAAGACGCACGGCAUCAUGGGAUCCGCCCCGGGCACAGGGAUCGUCUGCCCUUGUAUAGGCUUCAGUCCACUCCCCUCACAACGUGUUUCUUACACUGCUGAGUUUAUAAUAAUCUGUACUGGGUACAAUAAACGGUCCUCUAUGCUUCA